CUUCCGGUGCUUGCUAUGCUGUCGACGCCAUCUUAGGGUUGGGAGUCCGCCGGUUGGGACCGUGGGUCGGGAAUCGGACACGUCAGUGCCGCCUGCGACGUAAGCAGGCCCGACCCAGCCCUCUGGCGCUUGAUUGGGUGCUGCGACCGCUUACGCGUCGCGCUUCCUUGUCUGCUCCGCAUGUUCAGGGCGGCUUGGUCUCUUUUCCCCUCCGCAGAGAAGAGGCGAUGGCGGCGAUGGUAUCUCUCGGCGCUCUGGCGCUACUCCUGCUGUCUGGCCUCUCUUGCUGCUCAGCAGAGGCCUGCCUGGAGCCCCAGAUCACCCCUUCCUACUAUACCACCUCAGAUGCUGUCAUUUCCACUGAGACUGUCUUCAUCGUGGAGAUCUCACUGACCUGCAAGAACAGGGUCCAGAACAUGGCCCUUUAUGCUGACGUUAGUGGAAAGCAAUUUCCUGUAACCCGGGGCCAGGAUGUGGGCCGAUACCAGGUGUCCUGGAGCCUGGAGCAUAAGAGCGCCCAUGCCGGCACCUAUGAAGUUAGAUUCUUCGAUGAAGAGUCCUACAGCCUCCUAAGGAAACACCUCCUUUGCAGGCUCAGAGAAAUAAUGAGGACGUUUCCAUCAUCCCACCCCUGUUUACAGUCAGUGUGGAUCAUCGGGGCACUUGGAAUGGGCCCUGGAUCUCCACAGAGGUGCUGGCUGCAGCAAUUGGCAUAGUGAUCUACUACCUAGCCUUCAGUGCAAAGAGCCACAUCCAGGCCUGAGGGCAGCACCCCCAGCCCUCCACUGCUUCUUUCAAUAAACAGUCACUAUUUGCCAUGGGUGCAUUUAA